CCUCUUAUUCACUUGAAAACAAUCGCUGUAUUCCUCCCCAUCUCUGUCUCUGCUUCCUUUGUUUAGCCGGCCCCAAUCUGUCCUCUCACUUUCUGUUUCCGACAAAAGACGAUAACUCUGUUUGUUUCUCUCUGAGCACAGUAAUUGUGGCUCCUUCUUUUCGAGCAUCAGCAGACUGGAGUUCCUCUGGAUCAGCACUGUUCUGUCCGAGCUGGAUUUGGCUUUGUGCUCUCGAUGAAGGAGGGUUUUACUCAGCAAUCCCAGCAACCUGGUGGAUUUACUCUCUCCCCUGAGCAACAGUUGCUUGACACUUUUCACAGCAGCUAAGACUGUGGAGGUCAAGCACAAAGCUUGAUUCAGUUUGAAAACUGACGAUGUGUUUUCAUCAGAAAAGGGCUACUAAGGAGUAACUCAGAAGUGGGCAGAAAAGGACGAGCUUUGAAGUUUUCAGGGUCUCCAGGGAUCCUUAUGGCCUUGUGUUGCUUUGGAUAAAAGAAAAAUACCAAGAGGACAACUUUUGUUGAGCUGACACUCUUCCUGGAUGUGCCUCUCUGGAGGAUUUCAACACUUUAAAAAUGGGCCUUCUGAGGAUUUUACCCCAUUGGAAGUAAUAGUUUGCAAACUGUUGUGUAAGAGCUACUUUAUCCCUUUGAGGAUGUAUUUUUGUGUAAAUUAGUGUUGGGAUUAUGUAAUAGCUUUCUCAAAGUCGUCUUGGGAUCCUGCUGUGCUUAUUUAUUUGACUUCGGCGUGUGCAAUGCGAGGCUGUGAAGCGCCUAGCUGCCUCUCCGUCCUCGGAGCAGACAGGCACAGGAAGGGGCAGACAUGCGUUUCUAUGGCGAUGAGCGGCUGCAGUCCUUUCCCCUUGUGCUGGGACAGAGAAUAUGACAGACACCUAGCAGCGGCAGUCUCAGCAGGGAAAACCAUGGCAACAGCCUAUAUGGACCCCAACCUGAACAAUGCCUUCCUAGCAGGCGCCAAGUCUCGGCUGAGCGCGGGGGGAUCGGACCGCACCAUGGCUGGCUCCGUGGACAGGGUUCUGAAGGUCUUGCAUUACUUUGAGACCAACACUGAACACAGCUUUUGGUCUUCCAAUAUCAGAUAUGGAGAUGCAACUGAUGUCAGGGGGAUCAUCCAGAAGAUUCUGGACAUCAACAAGGUGCGUUGGACUUCAUGUUUUGGCCUCCGGCUCAGUAACAGCCAGUCCAGAGACCAGGUGCACUGGCUCCACCCGGAUAUGGGUGUGUCCCACAUCAGAGAGAAAUACGAGCAGGCACGGCCCAACGAGGAGUGGAGGUAUGAGCUGAGGAUCCGCUACCUCCCAAAAGGCUUUGUCCAGCAGUUUACAGAAGACAAACCUACACUUAACUACUUCUACCAUCAGGUGAAAAAUGACUAUAUGACACAGUUUGGAGAUCAGCUGGAACAAGAUGUAGCUCUCAAGUUGGGCUGUCUGGAAAUCAGGAGGUUCUUCAAAGAGAUGAGAGGAAAUGCUCUGGACAAGAAGUCCAACUAUGAACUACUGGAGAAAGAUGUUGGUCUGAGGCGAUUUUUCCCUAAAGAUCUGUUGGACUCUGUCAAGGCUAAAGCUCUCCGAAAGCUGAUUCAGCAAACCUUCAAGCAGGUGGCGAAUCUCAACGAUGAGCAGUGCAUCCUCAAGUUCUUGGAGAUACUUGCACCAAUCUACCGAUUCGACAAGGAGUUCUUUAAAUGUGCCCUCGGGUCCAGUUGGGUGAUCCAGGUAGAGUUAGCCAUCGGGCCAGAAGAAGGCAUCAGUUACCUCACUGAUAAGGGAUCAACACCCACACAUUUAGCAAACUUUAACCAGGUCCAGUCCAUCCAGUACUCGGCUAUGGAGGAGAAAGACAGGAAGGGCAUGCUACAGCUGAAUGUAGCCGGGGCUGCCGAGCCUCUCACAGUCACGACGGCAUCGCUCACCACGGCGGAAAACUUGGCGGACUUGAUUGACGGUUACUGUCGGCUCGUCUCUAUGGAAACCCACUCGUUCAUUGCCAGAGUACAGAAAGAGGGAGAGAGAGCUCUGCCUUCCAUCCCAAAACUUUCCAACAAUGAGAAAAAGUUAGAGGCAGUCCGGAGUGGAGUAAGAGCAAUCUCUGUCUCUGAUCUAGUAACAUCGACGUCCCCCAAGCCAACCAAGGCGCGACGUUUCCUCCUCCCCUUUGUCUUCUGUUCAGACUCGCCGCCCAAUGAAGACCUUAGCGGGGACGAGACUGAUGACUAUGCAGAGAUAGUUGAUGAAGAGGACACGUACACCAUGCCCUCAAUGAGCUAUGGAGUAGUUGAAGCACGGGACUAUGAGAUCCAGAGAGACAGGAUAGAGUUGGGUCACUGCAUCGGAGAGGGUCAGUUUGGCGACGUUCACCAAGGAGUCUACAACUGCCCGGACAAAACACCUCUAUCUGUUGCCAUCAAAACCUGCAAAAACUGCACCACAGACAGCGUCCGAGAGAAGUUCCUCCAAGAAGCCUUAACGAUGCGUCAGUUCGACCACCCUCACAUUGUCAAACUGAUCGGCGUGAUCACAGAGAACCCAGUGUGGAUCAUCAUGGAGCUCUGCACGCUUGGAGAGCUGCGGUCGUUCCUUCAGGUGAAGAAGUACAGCCUGGACCUGGUCACUCUCAUUCUGUUCGCCUAUCAGCUCAGUACAGCGCUGGCCUAUCUGGAGAGCAAACGCUUUGUGCACAGAGAUAUUGCAGCACGUAAUGUGUUGGUCUCCUCUGUGGACUGCGUGAUGCUCGGAGACUUCGGUUUGUCUCGGUACAUGGAGGACAGCUCGUACUACAAAGCUUCUAAAGGUAAGCUUCCUAUUAAAUGGAUGGCCCCUGAAUCUAUCAACUUCAGGAGAUUCACCUCUGCUAGUGACGUGUGGAUGUUUGGGGUGUGUAUGUGGGAGAUCUUAAUGUACGGCAUCAAGCCCUUCCAGGGGGUGAAGAACAACGACGUGAUUGGCAGGAUAGAGAACGGGGAGCGUCUGGCUAUGCCUCCUCACUGUCCGCCCACCCUCUACAGCCUGAUGACCAAAUGUUGGUCGUACGACCCCAGCAAGAGGCCACGGUUCACUGAACUCAAAACACAGCUCAGCACUAUAUUGGAGGAGGAGAAGAUUCAACUGGAGAAUAGACUGAGGACGGAGAUGAGGAGGCAGGUCACUGUUUCCUAUGACUCUGGAGGUUCAGAUGAGGCUCCACCUAAACCCAGUCGACCAGGUUACCCCAGUCCUCGAACCAGUGAGGACUUCUUUUCCAGCUCACAACACAACCACUUCCAGCCGUCAGCUCAAGGUGGCGUUGGAGGAGUAGGAGGCAGCUAUCCUCCGACUGAUUCUUGGAAUCAGCUCAGGCCUGAACUCCCCGUGCUAUGGAGCCCGAAUAUAGAGGAGAGAGUAUGUGUAAGCCAGGUUCUGAUGGAGGAGACGUUGAUGAAGCAGCAGCAGCAGAUGGAGGAAGACCGGCGAUGGCUGGAGCAGGAGGAGAGCCUCAUGAAAGCAGAGUCCAGGAACAGCAGAGGCAGCAUUGAAAGAGAAGACGGCACACUACAGGCACCGGGUGGAAGUCAACAUAUCUAUCAACCUGUGGGGAAACCAGAACAUGUAGCCCCCCCUAAGAAGCCACCCCGUCCCGGAGCUCCAGGUCACCUCAUCAACCUGGCCAGUCUCAGCCCUGUGGACAGCUACAACAACGGAGUCAAGCCGUGGAGGUUACAGCCACAGGAGAUCAGCCCACCCCCCACGGCCAACUUGGAUCGCUCAAACGACAAAGUGUAUGAGAAUGUGACGGGGCUGGUCAAAGCUGUGAUUGAGAUGUCCAACAGGAUCCAGCCUGCUGCGCCAGAGGAGUACGUCCCCAUGGUCAAGGAUGUUGGUCUGGCUCUGAGGACUCUACUGGCAACAGUUGAUGAAACGAUUCCUGUGCUGCCAGCCAGCACACACAGAGAGAUUGAAAUGGCCCAGAAACUGCUGAAUUCUGACUUGGCCGAGUUAAUAUCAAAGAUGAAGCUGGCACAACAGUACGUCAUGACAAGUUUACAAAAGGACUACAAGAAACAGAUGCUAAUGGCAGCUCAUGCCCUGGCGGUCGACGCCAAAAACCUGCUGGACGUCAUCGACCAAUCACGACUCAAGAUGAUCAGCCAGAUCCGCCCACAAUAGUCCACGACCCAGACAUCCCAAAGAGCGUUGGAUAUCUGCGAUGGAUAGAUGAAAACAAGGGAUGGAUGGAUGGACAGCAGACAUGACUGAAACAAUCAGCCCUCAUUUUCUCUUCUGAAAAAACAUACGGAGCUUCUUUUCUUAUUGGAAACGCUCAUGUUUUGAUCCAUUUUUGUAUUUUCUACGUUGUUGGCUCGUGUAUCCAGAAAAACACUUUCAUUGAUUAGAAAUCUGAAAAAAACAAUUGAAACAAAAGAAUGUGAAGGACAUCACAACAAGUGGAACUGAAGCCAUGUUGAAAAGGACAAUGAAGAUAUUUUGUAUUAUUUUAAAUGUGUUUUUGUAACUCUAAUAUUGUUAAUGUUAUCUGCCUUGAUUAUUGCCGUUAGAUCUACAGUCUUCCUGUUGAACUUUAUGAGUAAUUAUUUACAGUACAGCUGCCCUUUAAAGGCAUAACAUCUCAUAUCCCCCUCUAAAGAUCGCUUUAUCUCAGGUGGCAUAAAAGCUGACUUUUUAUUUUACAGUAACAGGUUUUUGAUGAAAAAAAACUUAAAACGUCUUCAUGACACUUUUUAAGUUAACAUACAUAUUAAUGUACAAAGAAGGUCUAUAUUUAACACAAAUCUGAGUUAUGAACUGUAAGGAAACGGAGAGAAAAGAGUGGAUGGGGACAGAAGGGAAAGAGAUGUUAGGACUUCCUGAGCCACAUGUUGGAUGAUAUUAAUAAUUUCAAAUAAAAUAAACUGCUCUACAGUCCUAUUGUGUACCCAUCACCAACAUGAAGCAUGUGUUUUUAUAUCAAUGAAUUACCUUUCUUUUAAAACGGAAAGAUUUCCCGUUUUGGAGUUGUACCAGAAACGUUUUUACACAACAUGUAUCAAUAUUAUUAUAACUGGCCAGAGAUCUUAACUAAAGGAUGACAUUGUAAAAAACAAAAUCCACUCAUGGUUGCCCUGUUUCCCUCGCUCUGCACACAGGAGUUGUUUUCUGUCUCUUUCUCUUAUUUGGCAUGUUUAUUUCUCAUUUAGCCAGCUGGUCCUUUAAUUCCUCCUUCCUCACUUCUCUCUCCUCUGUCAUGAGCAGUUUUCUCAGGAAGGAGACACUUGUAUAGUUGCUAAACCAAGCAAAUAAAACAUUAUUAAGAAACUUUA